GUGCACCCUAAAUGUCAGCUGAUAAUUGCUUCCGCCAUAAUCCUCUUCUUCUGAAUUAAUUUUAUUCUAGACGAAACGUAUUUUAUCGUGCUUUAUUAUUUAGAAAACGCGGUUUUCAGUUAAACCAAGAAGUCGAAAUAUUUUAAAAUAAUUAACCGAACUGACGCACAUAGAGCUGGUCUUGUUCAAAGUCAACAAUAGUCACUAGUAUUUUAAUUAUAUACUUUUCAAAACUAGAAUUUUGAAUACAUUUUAAUUAUGACUGCAACUGAAGUAGAAAUGCAUCUGAAUAAUGAAAAUUCACAAUCAGAUGGAAAUGUUAAUGUAAAUAAUGAUGCAGAAAUUACUCAGGAUCAAAAGUCUAAAUUUUCAGUUGAAAAUGAUUCCGGUUUAGCUGAAGGAUAUAAAAAUCAAGGCAAUGAAUAUUUAAAAUCUAAGGAUUUCACUAAAGCUAUAGAAUUUUACACAAAAGCAAUUGAGCUUUGUCCAAGCAGUGCAAUUUAUUAUGCGAAUCGCUCUUUAGCUCAUUUACGUCAGGAAAGUUUUGGAUUUGCCUUACAAGAUGGCAUUUCGGCAGUUAAGAGCGAUCCAGCUUAUCUUAAGGGUUAUUAUCGACGUGCAGCAGCUCACAUGUCAUUGGGAAAAUUUAAGCAAGCAUUAUCGGAUUUUGAAUAUGUUUCUAAAUGUCGACCUAACGAUAAAGAUGCUAAAUUAAAGUUCACUGAAUGCAAUAAAAUCGUCAAAAUGCGUGCCUUUGAACGUGCAAUCGCUGUAGAUCAACCAGAAAAAUCUCUAUCCGAAAUGUUCCACGAUUUAGAAAAUAUAACAAUUGAGGAUGAUUAUAAUGGACCUGCUUUGGAAGAAAAUAAAGUUACUUUAAAAUUUAUGAUGGAUCUUAUGGAGCAUUAUAAAAACCAAAAAAAAUUACAUCGCAAAUAUGCAUACAAGAUUUUAUGUGAUAUUGAUAUAUAUAUGCGUGCACAACCAUCUAUGGUUGAUAUAACGGUACCAGAUGAGUCAAAAUUUACUAUUUGUGGUGAUAUCCAUGGUCAGUUUUAUGAUCUUAUGAAUAUAUUCAAAAUAAAUGGAUUACCGUCAGAUACAAAUCCAUAUUUAUUCAAUGGAGAUUUCGUUGAUAGAGGCUCAUUUUCGGUUGAAUGUAUUUUUACAUUAUUCGGAUUUAAACUAUUAUAUCCAAAUCAUUUCUAUAUGUCUAGAGGUAAUCAUGAAAGUAUUAAUAUGAAUCAAAUGUAUGGAUUUACUGGUGAAGUAACAGCCAAAUAUACAAGUACUAUGGCUGAUAUGUUUACAAGAGUAUUUAAUUGGCUACCUCUUUGCCACUGUAUAAAUAAUAAAAUUUUGAUAAUGCACGGUGGACUUUUCUCUACUGAUAAUGUUACUUUAGAAGAUAUACGUAAAAUUGAAAGAAAUUGUCAACCGCCUGAAGAAGGACUUAUGUGUGAAUUACUCUGGUCUGAUCCACAAACAUGGGAAGGCCGUGGACCUUCUAAACGCGGAGUUGGAAUACAAUUCGGACCAAAUGUAACAAAAGAAUUUUGUCAACGUAAUAAAUUGGAAUAUGUUGUGCGCAGUCAUGAAGUUAAAGAUCAGGGGUAUGAAGUUACACACAACGGUCAAUGUAUAACAGUAUUUUCUGCUCCAAAUUAUUGUGAUACUAUGGGAAAUAUGGGAGCUUUUAUUACAAUUAAAGGCAAUGAUUUAAAACCCAAUUUUACAUCAUUUGAAGCUGUGCCUCAUCCUGACAUUAAACCUAUGGCAUAUGCAAACAGCCUGAUGAGCCUCCUAGCGUAGUCAUAUACCUUAAAUUAAUUUGUAUAUACUUCUCCGAAAGCCAGCGAACAGAAGUAUAUCAAUUAUUAUAAAUGACAUGAUUAUAGUAAUAAAUCUUUUUAAACAAAACCUAGUAAUGUGCAAAAAUAAUGAUAAAAUGAUAAUUCUAAUCUGUACUACCUUAUGAUUUUAAUAUAUUUUAAUUGUUUUACAUUCACUUUUAAAUAUUGAUAUAUUCAU